AUGGACAUUGAGGACCAAUCGGAUCUCUGCUUCCCACAGCUAGGCAACAUCUCCUGCAGGAAGACAACCCCUAAUUUAUUUGAAAGUUUUUUUUUCAUGGUCCUCCUACCCAUCACAUGCAUCUUCACUGUGCUGCUCAACCUUCUCGUCAUCAUCUCAAUCUCCCACUUCAGGCAGCUCUACACCACAACCAACCUCCUCCUCCUCUCCCUCGCAGUCUCUGACGUCCUGGUGGGCUUGGUGGGGAUCCCAGUUGUGAUCAUCCAGAGUACAUCCUGCUGGUUUCUAGGUGACAUUGUAUGUAGACUGAUGAAUUACCUGGCUUUCAUUUGUCAGUCUGCCUCUAUAGGAAACAUGGUGUUGAUAUCAGCUGACCGAUUUGUGGCUAUUUGUGAUCCUCUGCAUUAUACUGUCAAAGUCACUGUGAAAAAAAUUCAACUUUGUAUUUGUCUCUGUUGGUUGGCUUCUGUUAUCCAUUGUGGCAUCGUUUUGAAGGACCAUUUGGCUCAUCAUGAAAUCUAUAAUACUUGCCUUGGAGAGUGCGUUCACGGUAUUGACAUUAUCUGGGGCAUUCUGGACAUUAUCGUGAACUUCCUGAUUCCUCUCGCCACCAUUGUCAUUCUCUACACGAGAGUGUUUGUGGUUGCAGUGUCUCAGGCGAGAGCAUUGCGCUCUCAAGGUAAAUGUUUUAAACUACAAAAUUCUGCCCCUUUCAGAGUGAAGAGAUCUGAGCUGAAGGCCGCCAAGACUCUGGGUAUUGUCGUCCUGGUCUUUCUGGUGUGUUUCUGUCCAUACAAUAUCGCCAGUCUGGUGGUUUAUGAUGAGAACGUGAUAAAUUAUAUUGUUUACUUGUUUGGUUUGAACGCGUGUGUGAACCCAUUGAUAUACGCAGUGUUCUACCCCUGUUUUAGAAGAGCUUUUAAGCACAUUGUCACUUUGCGCAUACUGCAGCCUGGCUCCUGUGAGGCCAACAUACUGUAA